CGCAGGACCAAAAGUCGUUAUCGCAGAUUAUCCGUACAUAGCGUUUGUUCAAAUGACGAAGUAUUUGCAAACUACGCCCAAUAUCGUAUCGUUCACUGAUUAUGCCACUGGCGUUAUCAUAAGCGACACCCAGGUCCUCACUGCUGCAUCCAUUUUUGACAUCAAACCCGUUACGGUUCAAGUCCGCGUUGGCAAUACGUUCAGGCUGUCCGGUGGAUAUUUUUUCGAGAAUGUAACCUAUAAAAUACACGACUCAUACAAUAGGGUGACCGGCGAGAACGAUGUGGCUAUUAUCACUAUUAAUGGCAGCUUCACCGGGUUGACAAGUGUAAAACCCAUCGAACUUGAGACCAGUGAACUUGUGGGAUCAGCACAGAGUCCCAUCAACUGCUCCAUUGUUGGAUGUUACGUGGAUUACAAUUUGAUACUAGCGGACUACACUCUCAGUACCGAUGCGGUAUGUGCCGCCACUUUGAAUAGCAUCGUACCUGCCUCAUUGCAAUGCGCCUCUUCGCUUACAGGUUAUGGCUGCUACAUGGACAAAGGGAGCGCUGUCGUGUGUAACAACCGCUUGUAUGGUAUAUUUAGGCUGAUACCCGAAUGCAAUGCUACUACAAAACAACCAACGCAUUCGUUUGCCAAGCUACCGGCGAGCUCCAUCAGAAGUUUCAUAUUUCCCAAAAAGAGCUACUUUGCUUGUCCUUGCAAUACAUGUUAA